UCUUCUCCUUCCUAAUUUCCAAACUGAGCUCUCAACACUUCUCCACUUCUUCAAUCACUCCCCUGCUAUCCUCAAAUCUCAGCCGUUCAAUAAUUGCAGUUGCGAAGCAUGAUUCAGCUGCUCUUCCCUCUAAUAUUCGGCGAGAUGGCUCUGAUCGUCAUCUUCGUCUUCAAAACUCCGCUUCGCAAGCUGGUGAUAUUGGGCCUUGACAGAGUCAAACGCGGCCGCGGCCCUAUCGUCCUUAAGACCGUCGCCGGAACCGUCUUCGUCGUCAUGCUCUCCACCAUCUACAAUGUGAUUUCGAUUCGCAACCGGUGGAUCGAGGACGAGGGCGGCGAUAUAACCCCCACCGAUCAGAUUCUAUUGGCUCAACAUCUUCUCGAAGCUUCUCUCAUGGGAUUCUCGCUCUUCCUUGGACUAAUGAUUGAUAGGCUUCACCAUUAUAUCAGAGAGCUUCGCAUGAGAAGGAAGACGAUGGAAGCAGUGAAAAAGCAAAACCGGGCCAUUGAGGAAGGGAAGGCUGGGAUCUCGGAGGAGAUCAAAUCCCUCGAGGGACAGGCAAGUUCACUGCGAGAGAGGAUUAAGCAGCUGGAGUCGGAUGUGGAGGAGAAGAGCAAGGAAGUGAGCAGCUCUGAAGCCAACGCGAUUGCCCUGAAAAAGCAAUCGGAAGGAUUUCUCCUCGAAUAUGACCGGUUACUGGAAGAAAAUCAACACCUGAGAAGUCAGUUACAGUCACUGGAUAGAAAGUUGUCACAUUCAGAUAGCAAGAAGGUUUCCUAAGGAUUAAGUGACCAAUACAAUGCCUGUUGUGGUGUCCAGUUUUUACCCCUCAGAGAUGAGGUUUGUGACAAAGUCGCUGUUCUAAUGUUUAUGUCAUUUGCACAUUCCUUUUUACUGCUCGUUUAUACAGAUUCUAAAAGUUCGGAUUCA